AUGGCUAGUGCUUUCGUUCCUGUUCCUGUGCCCAUCCUUGGUGCACCGCUGGAUCCCUCGUCUAUCGAUGAAGACUCCGUGGCUCAGGACUGGCUAGCUCGAUUCUCUGAUGCGCUUGCUAGUAUUGCUUCUACAGAUUCGUCCCUAUCGCGCUUCUUUGUCAGCUCUUGUGAUGCUUGGUGGAAAGAUCACCUUGCUCUGACUUGGGCGCACCGCACCGCACGAUGCAUGUCGACUAUUGACACGCUCUUCGGCAAAGCGAUUGAGAGCCGAAAGCCUCGCGAAUUUCAGCUGGUCUCGGCUACUGUAAUUUCAAUGGGACCACAGAUUGGCUAUAUUCAAGUGAUGUUCAAGUUUACUACGACUGUAGCCAAAUGCUCGGGAAUCGUGAAGCUGGUACCGGAGCAAGGCGAAUGGAAGGCGUGGACGAUCUUCACCAAGAUGGACGACUUGCUUGAUCAUACCCGUGAUCUGUCGAAACUCGAUUCCCCUGAUAAGACCACGGAGGUACCGAAUGAGGUUGAAGUGCUUAUUUUUGGGGCGGGUCAGGCAGGCCUACAAGUUGCCGCCAAUCUCCGUGCUUUGGGGAUGUCGACCUUAGUAGUCGAGAGGGGUGACAGAGUUGGGGAUCACUGGCGUGGUCGUUAUGACACCCUCAGGUUGCAUCUAUCCAAGGACUACAGCGAGUUAUCCCUAAUGCUUGCUAUAUCCUCACACUCAUUUCCGACAGGUCAAUUAGCUUACCGGCCUUGGCCUGCAGACUUUCCGUAUUAUCCAAGCUUGUAUGAGGUUGCUGAUGGCUUGGAGAGCUACUCCAAGUCUACGCAUCUUAACAUCCUGACUUCAUCUUGCGCUAUUCAAGCGACCUAUUCGGAAGAAGCACACAAGUGGACGGUCGAUAUCCUUUCCCAAGAUGGAACGAAGAAGAAGAUGUAUGCCGAUCAACUUGUAUUUGCGACCGGCGUAAACGGAGCAACCCCCUCCGUACCAUACGUCGCUGGGGAGGCAGACUAUCAAGGCACGGUCAUUCAUUCCUCGGCGUAUAAGGAUGCAAGCCAUUGGAAAAACAAGAAAGCCAUUGUCAUCGGUGCAGCUGCGUCAGGUCAUGACAUUGCCCAAGAUCUUUGCAACAACGGGACCGAAGUCACACUAGUUCAACGGAGCCCGACUAUGGUGCUCUCCAUUUCGGAUGUGAAGGCUUUCUAUGGGCGUGUCUUCCGACCGGAUGGUCCCCCACUUGAGAUCGCGGAUUUGAUCUGGGAAUCUACACCUAUCCCCGUCAGUCGAACUCUCAGCCGACGUGCGCUCAAGAGUGAAGCGCUAGACAAGAAAUAUGAGGCAUUGAGAAAGGCUGGCUUCUUGGUUGCGGAUCUGGAUCCAAUGGAUGCGGUGUAUAACAGAGGAGGUGGACAUUACAUUGAUGUCGGCGGAUCCGACCUCAUCAUCGAUGGUAAAAUCAAAAUGAAAGCUGGCGUUCCGAUCACCCACUUCACGACUGACGGCUUGGCAUUCGACGAUGGGACGACCCUGGACGCAGAUCUCGUCGUAUUUGCUACCGGAUACAAUCUGCAAAGCAUGAGCCAGGCGGCGCGGAAAAUUGUGGGCGACGAAAUUGGGACGAAAUUGAAGGACGUUUGGGGCUUGGAUGCCGAGAACCACCUGAGGGCCAUGCAUCGGAACAGCGGUCACCCUCGCCUCUGGUACGCUGGUGGAGACUUUGGCAUGUCCCGGUAUUAUGCCAAGAUACUUGCUCUCCAAGUGCUGGCUACAGCCAAAGGACUCCUCACGAACCGCCUAGAAGACUAAUACAAUUUGAUAUCUCUUAGUAGG